AUGAUGAUACAGUCCGGUACGGUCCGGUCUGGUCCGGUCCGGGUGUCAGUGUUUGGUUCUUGGGCUCAUGCUUGUCAGUCUCCUGACAAGAAAUGUGACUUUGUGUGUGACUGCAGCGACUGCAGCGACGAGCGAGACUGUGGCUACAGUGGAAAGGGGUUUCAGUGUGACUUUGAGGGAACAGGAAUGUGUGGCUGGACCGACCGGUCCCUGAAUGCAGCACUGUACAGCUGGGUCAGAGGUCAAGGAGGAAGUGACACGCUGCCCGACAGUGGGCCGUCCUCUGACUACACCACUGGGACAGCUACAGGCUGGUUUGUGGGAGUGAGUGCAGUGACGGCAGAAUCUUCCCAAACUGCAGUUUUAGUCUCUCCAGAGAUGAAACAGUCUUCUCCAACCUGUCGUCUUCGUCUCAGAUACUUCCUGUGGGACUCAGGUCCCACAGGUUUUGACUCCACACCCUUGUGGGCGUCCAUCCUUCGCCAGGACACUCAGGAGGCUGUAGUGUGGCGUCCUGAGGCCACCAGUGUUCGUGGCUGGAGGGAGGCUACCGUCUUCUUGGGCCGCAUUCCAACAAUCUUCCAAAUCCAUCUUUACUCGCAGCGCACCAAGGGGCAACAAGGAGAUGUGGCGGUGGACCAGCUGGAGUUUCUGGACUGUGCUUUGCCCUCUCAACCCAAGUGUGCUCCAGAGAUGAUGGCGUGUGUUCGUGGCGGCUGUGUGGAGCGGCGGCAGGUCUGUGACGGCACCGAUGACUGUGGUGACGGGUCUGAUGAGAAGAACUGUGAAGAAUACCGGCGCUGUGACUUUGAGGAAGGCCUGUGUGAUUGGAGCCUGGAUUCAUUAUCCCCAUUGAAAUGGGUACGAACGCAUCAGAGCAGCAUCUCCAACACAGAUCCUCUGAAAGGACCAGGACGGGAUCAUUCCACCAACACCGCAACAGGUUCCUUCCUAUAUGUCACCGUCCCUGAUGGGGGUCUGAAAGCUGACUGGGCUGCUUUCCAAAGUCCUCGUCUUGAACCCACCAACAGCUCAUAUCCCUGCAAGAUGGUGAUGUACACUCACCAGUUUGGGCCGAGGUCCGGCGGUCUGUCGGUGUUGGUGGCUGAGCGUCAGAUCUACCCGGUGUGGCAGAGGGGCGGAGCUCUGGGAGAUCUCUGGGUGAAGGCAGAGGUGGAGAUCGUCACCAACUCCACUUUUCAGAUUUUAAUAGUGGCCGCCAUCAGGGACUUUUCAUAUGGAGGAGUUGCUGUCGACAGCAUCGUGUUGUCUCCUGGAUGCCGCUUGUCACCUGUCAAUGAUACCUGGGCAGAGGAGUUCCCUAAACCUCCCAAAGACCCCUGUACUGUCCCGGACAAGAUGUGUGACUUUCACAGUGACUGUCCAGGAGCCCAGGAUGAAGCACAGUGUGGAGAUUUCUCUGUUCCUGGAGGAAGUUCAGGCUGGACGGACCGCAGCAUCGGCAGUCAGGGUUGGCUGCUGCAUCAAAACUCCACAUCCAAAGAGGAGUUCCUGUUUGUAUCCGAGGCCUCAGGCCAGCAGCUGACCGAGGCCCAGACCAGGACCCCCCUGCUGGGACCCUCUGGUCCAGCCUGCACCCUCCAGUUCCAGUUUGCAUUAAGUGGGGAUCCAGAUCACAUCGGUGAGCUGUCCGUCAGGGUGAUUGACAGCCAGCUGGGAGAGCUGCCCAAGCUGUGGGAGUCUACUGGGAACACUGGGAGCGGGGAGGAGGCGUGGCAACAGGUCCAGGUCCCUGUUGGAGCCAGAAGACAUCGCUUCCAGCUGGCGUUUGAAGCUCGUGCUGUGACUCUUUCUCCAAUCAGCCAAAUAAAAGUGAGAAAUGUUGAGUUUCUCAACUGUCACGCAGAUUAUCUCCCGUCUUCUCCAACAGAGCUGUCGUGUAACUUUGAAGCCGGACUGUGUGGAUGGUAUCAGGACCACAGUGACAACUUUGACUGGACGCUGCUGGACGGGAUGGACCACACCAUCGGGAUCGGCAGGAGUCUGGUGGUGGACAUGUGGAGUCCGUCUCUUCGUGGAGCGUUUGGACGUUUACUUUCCUUCCCUCAGUCUCCGGGUCGCUCAGACCGCUGCCUCUCCUUCUUCUACAAACUCUACGGACCGAAUACAGGUGAUCUGAAUGUGAAGCUGCUGCAUGAUGAUGGUUUUGAGACGGUUCUCUGGACUCGUGGUGCAGCUCACGGCAACAUGUGGCACGAAGCUCAGAGCACCGUACCACACCAGCUCAUCAACUACCGGCUGAUGUUUGAAGCGGUCCGCUCUGGUUUUGACGGGCGUGUUGCCAUUGACGACGUGGCGUUUGAUGACGGCCCGUGCAGCGUGCCCAGGUUGUGUUCCUUUGAAGCCCAGCUCUGUGGAUACAGCAGCUCUGGGGACGUCCGCUGGCUCCACCGCAGCGGGAACACCGCCACGGUGACCGGACCCCAGACCGACCACACUCUGGAGACGGAGCUGGGUUACUACAUGAUGGUAAACACCGGAGCGAACUUCCUUCGUCCUGGUGGGACGGCGGUCCUCACCUCCCCUUCCAAAGGAACCGCCAAGACUCAGUGUGUUACUUUCUGGUACCACAUGGGAGGAGAGAACCCUGGCUCUCUGACGUUGUAUAUGAAGCCGGUGGAAGGAGAAAGAGUAAAGAUCUUCUCUGACAGUCUGAACCAGGGAGAUGUCUGGCGCCAUGGCAACGGCAACAUCCUGACUGCUUUUGUGGACGGGCAGCUGGAGUUUGAGGCGGUCGGAGCUGGAGGCAAAGACACUCACAUUGCAGUGGAUGACAUCUUUAUUUCAGAUCACCCAUGUGAAGAUCAAGGUUCUAAGUGCAGUCUGGAGAAAGGCAUGUGUAACUGGAGCAACACUCGAAACGUCAAAGUGGACAAACUGGACUGGGAGCUGACCAGUCCGGAGGCAGAGAGCCACUACUCCAUCCCAGCUGAAGACCACAGCCUGGGCACCGAAAAGGGUCACUUCCUGUUCUUCCCCAGCAGCAACCGGACGGCAGACAAUCUAGACGCCAAGUUGCUGAGUCCUCACCUGCCUCCAACCAAGGGAACCUGCCUCAAGUUCUGGGUCUAUAAACCACACUCAUCUGACAGCCAGCUGAAGGUGUUGAGGCUGUCUGAAGGUCUUUACCAGGAGCUGCUGGUGGUGAGUGAACUGGGAGGACCAUGGAAACGCUUCGAUGUCAACAUUACAUCUGCUGAAGAAUACCAGAUUAUAUUUGAAGGAAUCAAAGGAACAUCAGGUGUCGUGGCUCUGGAUGACAUCGAGUACACCGUCGGAGUCGACUGUGCUAACCAAGUCACAGAUUCAAAAGUCUUACCGAAGAGAAACAACGCCGGAGGGAUCGCGGCGUCCGUCAUCGUGGUUCUGCUGCUGAUCGCCACAUUGAUCGGCCUGCUGGUUUAUUACCUGAGGACCAAAGAGAGGAGGAAGACUGGACAAACAUCACCAUCAUCUUCAUCAGCUGCUGGUUUCAGUAACGACAUCUAUGAAGACGUCUCACCGGACUAUGUGUCCUUUGCACCGGUCCAGAACCAUCCGAUGGCAGCUGGCUUCAAUGACGUCACUAUCUCUGGUGAGGUCAGAGAGGUGGAGGUGGCGUGAGGCUGCUCCUGCCAUCUAAAGGUGGCUCUGUGGAAAUAAGGCGACAUCACAGCAGGAGAACUGCUUGUGUCGCCCUUACAUGACACACACA